AUCCAGCUCAUACACAACUCAGAGAACUUCCCAUGUGCACUAUCAUGCAUUCCUUGAAGUUCUGCGUACACAUCGCACAUCUUGGCGUGUUUGGGAUUUUAGAUUGACUUGCAGCAGAGCUGUCAGUUGUUCGGUCACAUAAAACGCUUCCCUCCCUUCGAGUUCUCUGAACGCAAACUCGAACGGAGGUGCGCAAAUUCGAGUUUGCGUUCCGAGAGGCGCUGAGUCCCGUUUGUCACACGAUUGCACGAAGUUUCAUGCCCAGCAAAUAUUUGCUCACGAGUUGUGACACUCACACGUGAAGAUCAGUUUUCCUCGAGAGAGCCUUGCGGAUCUAGGAGAGGGACUCCUGUCGGCAAGAUUGCACGAAGUCUCAUGCCUAGCUAGCACUUGCACAUGAGUUGUGACACUGCGACGAGAAGAUCAGUUUUCCUCAAGAGAGCGUUGCGGAUCAAGGAGGGUCUCCUGUCGGCAAGAUUGCACGAAGUCUCAUGCCCAGCUAGCACUUGCACACGAGUUGUGACACUGCGACGAGAAGAUCUGUUUUCCUCAAGAGAGCGUUGCGGAUCAAGGAGGGUCUCCUGUCGGCAAGAUUGCACGAAGUCUCAUGCCCAGCUAGCACUUGCACACGAGUUGUGACACUGCGACGAGAAGAUCUGUUUUCCUCAAGAGAGCGUUGCGGAUCAAGGAGGGCCUCCUGUCGGCAAGAUUGCAAGAAGUCUCAUGCCCAGCUAGCACUUGCACACGAGUUGUGACACUGCGACGAGAAGAUCAGUUUUCCUCAAGAGAGCCUUGCGGAUCCAGAGGGCCUCCUGUCGGCAAGGUUACAUUUUUCCCCUGCAUGCGAAGCAGCAAACGCUUCUUUUUCUGCCAGAGUGGAGGAGAACAUGGAAGGUGCAGGGGCGUCCAUCGUCAGUGACGCUGCUCAAGUCGCUACAGGAGAAAUGGACUCUGCAGAGGAGGAACCGGAGGAAAGCUCCGGUUCCUCUUCGGAGGAAAGCUCCGGUUUCUCUUCGGAGGAAAGCUCCGAAGAAGUCGAGGACUUCAUAAGGCGGCUGGAAGGAAAAGGCAAGCCUAUAACACAAUUGAAGUAUGGAUCGUUCUGGACGAGAUUAGGUCCGCGAAGCCAAAUGCGCCUCCGAGUGCUGAAGGCAAUCGGCAACUGCAACACCCUUGAGUAUCUGGAUGUAGCAUCUAUUUGUGGCGGACAUAUAUCGACGUUGACGGCUAGCGAGUGGGAUGUCGUUUUGAGUGGAUUCAGGUGUAGCAACGUACUACGAGUGAUAAGGAUUUCAGCCUUGAAGUGGAGUUCAGACGAGGAAGUGGAGAGGUUGUGUCUAGAGCUGGGGAGAAUUCUGAAUACGUCUACUGUAGCAGAAUUGGAAAUCUCCUUUUGCAGAUUGAGUGCAAGAUGUUUUUUGAAUCUCGCAUCAGAAAUGCGAGGAACGUCUGAAUCUAAACUCCAGCAGUUAGUUUUACAUAACGUGGCGUGGACGGACUCGAGUGCGUGGAAACAUGUCGCUGCCAUAAUCAACAGUGCUACUCGAUUGGAAACUCUGAGUUUAGGUAACUCAUAUUUCUAUAUGCCAAAGUGGGACAUGGACGAGGAGUUCGUUCGAACCAUCUCCGAAGCUAUAAAUCAGAGGUCGUCUUUGAAAAAAUUGACAUUAAGCGGCGGGAAGAGGAGUGGAGCAUCGGAUUUGUUGCGGAAGGUAUUUACCAAUGGCAACCGGUCGCAACAUGAUGAUGAUGGCAACCGGUCGAUUGAACAUCUUGAGAUGUGUGACAUGGCUGUACUCGGAAAUUGUGUUAGAGAUAUUUUCAUUUGCAAGGAGUUGAGAUUGAAGAAGGUUACGUUCGAAGCUAUCGAAAUGACUCGCGAGGAAUGGCGUGUGGUAGGAGAAUCCAUACGGGUCAAUACCACAGUAAAAACUAUUGAAAUGCUAAAUUUACGAUUCUGGGAAGAUCUAGAAGAUGUUGCGUGUGCUGCUAGCUCUGAUGACAAGGACCCCAUCAUGGAGGUUUCACUCCAGACCCUCUGGAGUCACAGACAUUGGGUUGAUGCGCUUGCACCACUCAACUUUGUAGGAAAGGUUCUGCGCGGGGAAAUCAAAUCUAUAAAAUCUUUGGAAUAUGUAGAGAUUAUGAAACGGUUUUCAGAUACAGAUAAUUUCCAAGAGAGACUGGAAAGUAUCUUCCCGAUGAAUCGAACAAGUGAUUCUUCAGUCCUGAAGAGUCUAUCAUUACCCGCACAAUCUUUAGAGAACUUCCAUGAGGAACAGAUGUUGUGGAAGCAACUGUUUUUGUUCUUGCGGGGGAACACAACUCUCACUCACUUGACUUUGGCUGAUUCUUGGGGACUAGAAUGGCCCCCCCAAGAACCGGCCAGCGAAGAGCUUUUCAGGGACCUGAUGAGCCUCCUGCAAGUAAACUUAUCUCUCCAGGAGAUAGAUGUCUCGAAAACCUCAUGGGCAGAGUACGGAAAGGCGGCGCAGAUUCAAGAGGCGCUACAGCAGAACAAGAAGCGGGCGGAAUACAUGUCCGUCUUCAGAGAAGCCAAAUUAGAAUUUGGACAUGCAAGAGCUGGUCGACUCUUCUUAUGCGGCUCUCCUAGAGCAGGCAAGACUCAACUACGUCGAACCUUCAUGAAAAUAGUGCAAAACAGAAGUUGGCUCUGGGACAAAUUGAAGUGGAGGACUAGGGGAAUCGAAGUGGAGUUCUUCAAAACCAAUGACGAAAGCCAAAUCUCAAUUUGGGACCUUGGGGGACAAGGAAUAUUUCGUACACUUCAAAAUGUGCUCUUCUCUCCAACCAGCAAUUUUUGUGUUUUUAUAUUUGUGUAUAGUCCCUUCCCUGAGAAAGAAGACUCUUGUUUAGAAGCAGAGUUGGAGGAAUGGUUAAGUUUCAUCUCAUCCAGCACUAGCGUCACGGGACAUAAUCGUCCACAAGUUCUUGUUGUGAUUUCACACAAGGAUAAAACCAAAUUCACGUCUUUGGAGUGGGCUUGUUCCAUAGUGAACAACCUCACCAAAAGAUUUGCAAAAUUUGUAGAUUUGCAUCCUAUUCAAGAGAUUUUCUAUGUGGAUGCUAGGAAGAAGGAGCAAGUUAUUUUUCUCAAAGAUCACAUUUUUGAGACCUUCAAGAAAAUGUUGAGUGAAAAAUCUCCACUGGUUCCUCAACUGUGUUCUGAACUCUCUUCCCGCUUGGUUACAAAAACCAAGGAGAAUAGAAGUUUUCCUCUUUGGUCAUCCAAAGAGUUUAAUGAGUUCUGCGCUCCAAGCUUGAAAAAAUUCAUUCCCAUUUCUUUACCUCACACUGAUGAUCAUUCAAGGAUAUUGAAAUCAAUCAUAUCCUAUUUGAAUGAUGUUGGAUCCAUUGUUUCUAUCCCAAACCUUGAUUACAUUGUUGUGGAUCCAAACUGGCUAACCAAUACAUUAUUGGGUGAGCUUGUAGCUCUGGGUCAAAAUUUUCAUGCUCGAAGAUCCAGAUCUUCUCGCAAAAGGAUUUCACGUUACUUAUACAAAAGCCCUGACGGAUUUGUGACUGAGAGUGUCUUUGCUAGGUUGAUAGAGGAGUUUCUGGGAAAACAACCACAUGGAGCGAGAGGUGUGGACAGAGAGUUGAUUGAAAACAUCCUUAUCAACUUAGAUUUGUGUUUCAAGCUCGAAGAUUCUUCCCAGUAUUUCAUUCCCUCCUUCAUACCUGAGCAUCCAAGCAAGGAAGAACAGAAACAUCAAGAAAGAGCGCACGUGAUGCCGAUGGCAUGGGAAACUUUGGAUGAGAACCCAAAGUUUGUCGGCAUCCGGGUUCAAUGCCAAGAUGCAAGAACAAUGUCACUGACCGCAGCUUUUUUUCCGUGCUUCCAGAUGUUCAUGAGACGCAAGUUGAUAUCGGAAAUGCAUGUUUCCAAGGAGACUGUGACAUGCUCUCGAAAUUAUCUACAACUUUUCCUUGAUGGGCACGAGAUCUACGUCGAACAAGAAACGUCUCACAAGUACUUGGAUGUUCGGAUGUUAUGCUCGAAGUAUAAAUCAAGGGAGGAGUCUCUGAAAUACCUGAUGAAGAAUGUCGUCCAGGAGUUGAUAUCAUUUUGCGCAUCACCCAAAGGUUGUCCCGGAGUGGCGUUGGUGCUAGGUGUGAUCCAAACAAUUUGCGUGGAGAAGCGGAUUCCGACUCAUCUUAGAGGGGCAAUUCUAAUCGAGGAUCUGAAAUCAGAUUUCAUUCAUAGCAUCGAAGAGAAACUUGAGGGUAUUCUGUUGGAUAUAUCGCACUUGGAGAAGGAAGAUGAGUUCUUCAACUAUGAACACCCUUGGCCCUUGAUUGAAGGGCACACAACACAACGUACAUUCGAAAGAGCUAGGGAGUUGCUGGGGGAGAGCAAUGUGGAAGCGGUUGUGGAAGCGGUUCGGAAUAUGAUCCGACAGAAGCGAAUGCAGCAAUUGGAGUCACUGGGGCAAGGUUUGGACUGCGUAAACAAUGAUUUGGUUCAUUCUCACGCUGAAGAUGAGAACAUGGAUAGCAAAUCAAAUUUUCCUGAUAUGAAAGACAACAAUCGACCUUCAUCCAGGUGCUCAAGUCGGGAGAGCACAAUUGUAGAAGACCGGUCAACCCAACUUAUUAUGUCCAAGAUAGACCAGGUAGAAGGAAACCUAGUUCAAAGGAUGGAUGAGGGGUUAAGAUCAGUGGUGAGCGGUGUGCGGCAAUUGGAAAAUAAGGUUGGACAGAUAAUCACUUUGCAACAAGAACUUCAGUCAACGUUGAAUGAUUUCAACUCUAAAGUGGAUAGUAUGAUUCAGUACUCAGAAUCGCUUAAGCAAGCGAGAACUCCCAAGCGACCUUACGUUACGAACGAUGUUGGCGUUUUAUAUAAGUUGAGUGCAGGAUUGCAUUUUGGGACAACCGUUCGCUUACACUUGAUGUGUGAGUCUAUUACAGAGCCUGAGUUUCACAUGGUCAAAGAUCAAGAAGGUUUGAAGAUACGCUUGGAUUGGGAGGAUUGCAAAUGGAUUCGGAAAACAGUUGAAAUUAUGUACAAAGUCAUAUAUUAUGCUGCAAAGGCUGGACUGGCUAAGACCAUCCAGUUGGGCCAAGCAAUUCCUGACUGGGCAGAUUUAACAUCAGAUAUUGUUAAACUAGUUAGUAUUAGCAAUGAAGAUCGUAGGGCCGUUCUAAAAGGUGGGGAAAAGGAGCUGCAAGAAGCAUGGUUGAGGAUUCAGCAAACUCUUGCGCCUCAUCUUCAAAAUCGCUAUUCCGAACUCUUCAAGUUGUAUCAGGUGAAAUACGAUAAAGCUGGGCAUGCAUGGGUGUGCGAGAAGUGCAUGAAAAAUGGCCUUCGUUCUGGAGUUUUGACUUAUUAGAAUUAUGAAGAGGUCAGAAUUCUAUUAUGCAAGUGACAAGCAUAUGUUUAGACCCUCAUGCAAUAUACAACUCUGCAAAACCUUCCUU